GUUAACCAACCUUAUACAGUCAGCAGCCAAAAUGAGGGCCAAACGUUCGAAGAAGUAUCGCAAGCUCAUGCACCAAUAUGAGUUGACAUUUGGUUUCCGUGAGCCCUACCAGGUCCUUGUCGACUCCAAUUUCCUGCGUGCGGUACAUUCAUUCAAGAUGGACCUAAUCCCAGCGCUGGAACGUACCCUCCAGGGCAAAGUCAAGCCAUUAUUGACAAAAUGCUCUCUGGCUGCAAUCAUGGCCUCUCAACCCCUACACCCGCGCACUAACAACCCCAUCCGCCCCGAACACCUCCCACCCCCAACCACGCUCCCCCUCCGCCAUUGCUCGCACAACCAAGACUCCACCCCAAUCGAUGAAACAAGCUGUCUCCUCUCCCUCCUCUCCCCGACAACAGACGUCAAACGAAACAAGGAGCACUACACCCUUGCGACCUCCGACCCGCCAGCCCCGAAACAGUCCAACUCCCAAGCACCGGGGAAGAAGCGAAAGCGUGACCCAGCUGCCGAGGAAGCGUUUGAGGCGCUCAAGCGCGCCCAGAUGCUUCGCCGUGGAGCACGGUCUAUCCCGGGUGUGCCAAUUGUGUAUGUUAAGCGCUCGGUGAUGAUCUUGGAACCGAUGAGCUCGCCAUCAGAGGGUAUAAGGGAAGGUGUGGAGCAGGAUAAGUUCCGGGUUGGGUUGAAUCAGAAGCGGGGCGAGGAGAAGGAUAAGAGCCAGGGAGACCAGAGUGAGAAGACAAAGAAGAAGGACCCAAGGAAGGCCAAGGCGCCGAAUCCGUUGAGUAUGAAGAAGCCGAAGAAGAGGGCGAAUGAGAAUGCAGAGGCUGCGUCUGGUUUGAAGAAGGAGAGAGUCAGAGAUGACCUGGAGGAGAGGGAUGCGGCUGAGGGGUCAGGGGAGGAUGGAGAUGCUGCGCCCAAGGCUAAGAGGCGACGACGCCAUCAUAAGAGUGUGAAGCCAACCGAGUCCGCAGAUGCGCCGGGGGAGAGUGAAGCGGUGGUAGCAGCAGUGGACUCGGCAGAUGACUGAAUGCCUUCUUCCGUCUAGAGUGAUUUCUUUUUAUCGUUCUUCUACCGUUUUACUUAUUAUGUACGGCGUUUGGGGGGACAAAAAUAGGUCCAUUAUAAAGUACAAGUAGCAACAAUGUAUAUGCAUUUUCCGAAG